UCCCGAAGGUUCUAGGCUCGAUUGAACAAAUUGGAGCGGCACUACACUCCUCCACGCCUCCACCUCCAGCCUCCCACUGAUCUGGCCUCUCUCGAGGUGAGCGCGCCUGUAAGUGAUCCUUUCUCGCAGAUUAUUUUUGUAGUUUUCGAUGGAGGCGGAUUAGCUUUGAACUGGUGGAUCGUGUUGGGCAUCGUAUCGUGAUUGGUUCUGUUCUGUGAAUUUCGCUAGUUUUUUUUUCUCCCACAGAUUACUCUGAAUAUGCGUGCCCUUAAUUGUGUUACUGUUACGAUUUGGCUUCGUCGCGGUAGUCUGUUGUGAUGCGCCCAUUAUUUCGCGAUUAAUUGUAUGUGAUUCUGCGUUCGAUUGGUUGAGAAUAGGCAGUGAACCCUUCCGUUUCUUAUUUCACUGCUAACUGUAUCUAGGAAUCUAUGGAUUCGAUGUGAAGUCCCAAAGGGUAGCUUUUAGGGAGGGGGAAUGAUGAGAUGUUGGAAGUUCACAAGUUGUGUCUUUCUUAAAGGCUGGUAACCGUAUGUGUAGACUGCCCCUUGUCUUUUGUAAUGUCCUUUUCAGGUUCAGAUGUUCUCUUUGUGCAUCUACUGUUUCAGCAGGGAGUUACUGAUGUUUAUAUUUAACUAUAAUGUCUCUGCUUAUAUUAUUAGUUAAUCCUAGAUCAAUAUGAGAAGGGGCUACAGUUACAGUCCUUCACCACCAAGGGGCUACAGGAGAAGGGCGCGCAGUCCAAGUCCUCAUGAUCAUUAUGGUGGUCGUGGUAGGGAUCUCCCAACCAGUCUUCUGGUCAGGAAUCUCCGUCGGGACUGCAGGCCAGAAGACCUCCGUCGCCCAUUUGGACAGUUUGGUCGAGUUAAAGAUAUAUAUCUUCCAAGAGAUUAUUACACUGGGGAUCCCCGAGGGUUUGGGUUUGUCCAGUAUUAUGAUCCUGCUGAUGCUGCUGAUGCGAAGUACUAUAUGGAUGGGCAGGUAGUUCUUGGUAGGCAAAUAACAGUUGUUUUUGCAGAAGAGAACAGAAAGAAGCCUCAAGAGAUGAGAGCUAGGGACAGAGUCAGGGGUCAUUCUUAUGAUGACAGGAGGUAUUCUCGCUCUAGGUCGCCUCGUUAUUAUAGGGGCCGCUCUCCUUCACGCAGCCAAAGCUACUCGAGGUCUCCACCUCAGAAUCCAAGACACAGACUUAGAGAGAGGUCCUACUCCGGCUCACCUGUGGACAGCAGAUCAAGAAGUGGGAGCCCUUAUGAGGAUGGAUAUCGCAAAUCAUCACGGAGAGAGAGGUCUCUUUCUGUCAGCGGAUGAAGCAGUUUUACGGUCUAGAGCUAUUGCUGUGAAUCUGCGCAUGGUGGCCUACUUGCUAUGUCUUUCUGAACCAUAUAUGUUCUGUCUAGAUUAUCAUUCCCAGUACCAGAGAAGUAUCGUGAGACUGUUUGCUGUACUUUCUAGUCUUGAGGAUACAGAAGGGGGUCACCGAUUCUCUCAGUAGAUGGACUAUUGACCACUAGCUACGCCAGUUCCACUGCUUUGUGUAUUUACAGGCAGCUUUGCGGUUUGAAUAAAAUUGUUUGCAUCGUGAAAGCUAAUUGGUAAAAAGACUGAAUCA